AUGUGGAUUCAGAAUGGGACCUCAGUGAAUGAAUUCAUUCUUCUUGGUUUCACCAGUCAUCCCACCUUGCAGCACUUCCUUUUGGUUCUGUGCCUAGUCAUAUCUCUCAUCACCAUGCUUGGAAACAGCCUCAUCAUCAUCUUGGUCUGGGUCGACUACUGCCUCCACAAGGCCAUGUACUUUUUCAUUGGGAACCUCUCUUUGUUGGAUAUAUUCUUCACGCUGAUCACAGUCCCACAGAUGUUGGUCCACAUGGCCUCUUGGCCCAGGUCCAUCUCUUUCAACAGAUGCAUGGCUCAGCUUAGCUUAACCCUAUGCUGUGGGAUUACUGAGUGCUUUAUCUUAGCUCUUAUGGCCUAUGACCGCUACAUGGCCAUAUGUCAGCCCCUUCGUUACCCCAUCAUCAUGAGAACAGAGGUAUCCAUGCAGAUGGCAGGGGCUUGCUGGCUUGGAGGUUUUCUGAAUGCUGCAGCACUGACUGUCAUCACCAUAAACUUUCCUUUCUGUGGGCCCAACAAGAUCAAUCAUUUCUUUUGUGAAGAGCCAGCUGUGCUGCAACUGGCUUGCAUGGACACCUACAUGGUAAAGAUCACCAUCUUUGCUUUGAGUGUGAUUGUCCUCAUGCUGCCUUUCACAUUCAUUGUAGUCUCCUAUAUCCACAUUGCCAGAGUGGUGCUCAGCAUACAGUCAAUGGAGGGGAGGAAACGUGCUUUCUCCACCUGUUUCACACACCUAACUGUUGUCAUAUUGUUCUACAGUACUAUCAGCUUCACUUAUUUGCAACCGCAGUCAGAUUGGGCUGCAGACCAGGAGAAGAAAGCUUCAGUCUUUUAUGCUUUGGUUUCCCCCAUGCUGAAUCCCAUCAUCUACAGCCUGAGAAAUAAGGAUGUUAAAAGAGCACUGGCCAAAGUGAUGGGGAAAAUCAGCUGA